CACUUAUCAACAUUCUCACCGUUCCUACCUCUGUUUCGUACAUUACGCUCCAACACACAAUGGGUGACCCAGGACCAAUCACACCAGAUUCGUUUAACGACGGGAGGCAACAAAUCUCGCAACCUUUUCGCCUUACCGCCACUGGCUACAACCUCAACUACCUCCCUGAGUAUAUCGCGCUCCGACAUGGCUUUUUCCAAGAACAAGGCCUCCACGUCACUGUGAACAUCCCUGUCCCUUGGGACGGCGUGCUCGACGCCCUCGCCGAUGGUACAGCCGACAUGGCUCUCGGCGGCAUCUGGGUGCCGUCCAUGUACCGGGACCGAGUACAGAAUUACACCGUCUUCGCACAGAUCGCGAAUCGCUGUCCUCUCGCUCUACUUAGACGGGGCCAUGACGACGGCUUCAAAUUGCAGGAUAUGGUUGGCAAGACGGUACUUAUGAAAUCGGGCGGCGGAGCCAGCGUAGGCCUUUUCUUCAAGAUGUUGAUGCGCGAGAAUGACAUCGAUCCAAGGUCUCUGGAUUAUAUCCAGGACCUCGAUGGUGUUAUGUUGGGGAAUCUAUUCCAGGGCGGUAUGGGAGAUUAUUUUGUUACCGAUAAUCUCUCUGCGCUGGCUAUGGUGGACCGUAAUCCCAAUGUCUCGAUUGCUAUGGAGAUGGUAGAGCAAGAGGACGUCCCGUGGAGUGUGUAUUACAGAGAGACUGCGACUAUCACGCCGGAGGUCAUUGACGCGCAGAACCGGUUCUGUGUUGCGCUUGGUAAAGGCAUAGAUUGGGUGCUCCAGCACGACGCUGAAUCAUUUCGGGAUGAACUCGCUGAGCUGUUUCCUACUGUUCCUGUCGAUGUCGCUGUUAAGGUAACCAAUGCGUUUCGGCGCAAUGGUAUGUGGACUACUACUACCGUGCCCCGCGAAGGAUUCAAUCGGUGGCAGCUGGGACUCCGAGAUGCUCGUCUGGUGAAAGAGCCUCUUGCCUACGAAUCCAUUGUCCACGAUGGGAUUGCGGUCGCUAAGUAAUGUUGCAUAUUUUCAAAAGUUUCAUAGUGGUGUUGAAACAGGGAUCUACAUAGCAU